UCUAGAUGUCUCAGUAUUUUGUCAACUAUUAGGUGCACAUCGUUUCUAAGACUUAGUUCGGGUGAAAUUUCAAAACUUUUAUUUAUAUGUUGUUAGUAUUUCAAGCAAUCUUUUUCAUGAAAUUAUUGAUUGAUUGACAAAGUGUCCAGUGGCCUUCUAUUGAGACGAUGGACAGUGCAGUCAUAAUUUUGCGGGCAAUUCUUAUUUGGCUGGUCAUUUUCCAGGACGGACUGGCGGAAUCUCUUUGUCGAAAUGGAUUUGAAGUGUCUAAAGAGGUUGAUUACAUAUUGGAGAACGGGAAAAAUGUUCAUACAAAACGAAUAAGCUUCGAAGGGUAUGGACUUGUCAUAGGGUCGUUCACUGAGCAUACUCUCGGAAAGGUUGACGAUUAUUUCAUGUGUACAGCGUUAUUGGAGAAGACACAUUACAAUGGAAAUCAUGAUUUGGAGGUGUUGAAAUGGUCUGGCAGAAGUCGAUUCAAAAUGACGUCUGCAGAAGAGAUGCACCCCGUGAAUCUGGCUGAACAUUUCGUGGUCAUCAGACAGGAAGUUUGGAACUGCAGGGACCUCAACAACAAGUUACAAGAUAUACAGCGAGUUGUUAACGAGGUAAUCAGUACAUCGAGUGUUAGCGAGGUGAUUUACUACGACGGUGUGCUGGUGGAGAGGGUCAACUAUGAGUCGCGUGACAAGUAUUCUACAAGAGUCAAACAUGUCAAAUACAUCACAGACGAUGGAAAGAAAUUGAGAUUUAAAGGAACGCUUUGUCUUGUUGAAGAUGGAAAUAGCUCAACAUUUGGAAUUCCCAACUUUCAUAAACACAUCAAAGAUGAGCGAAAAGAAGAAGCAAUGGAGAAUCCAAAUCCAUUUUUGAACAUGAGAGAUAAGCAGAAAGAAAAAACAUUAGAGAAUUCAAUUCAACUCUCAAACAGUGGCGAAACUCUGAAGAUUGGCAAGUCGAUGGACUCUCCAAGAUAUCAAUUUCUUGGAGAUGUAACAUGCACAAGAACCUCGGAAGGAAGUCAAUACUCACCACUAUUUACCACAAAUGUUUAUUACAAAGAGGAUUUAGGCAGUGGGAUGGCUAUAGAAACUCGAAUAAGUGAAAAGGAAUUUUCAAAAUUCUUCACCAUUAUCAGAAGAGAGGUUUAUUCAUGUUCUAGGCCUAAAACAUAUAAUAGUUAUUUUCGAGUUGUCAAUGAAGGGAUUGGUAAGGUACCCAUCAAGACGCUUUAUCACAGACACCAAGUUAAAGAUAUAAAGAUCAUAAGAGUACCAGGAGGUUUUUCGGUCCGAUACAAAGAUGUCAUGUAUUUCAACGAUAACUGGAAACAAGGGUAUUUCGUGACACCAGAUCAAGUGAAGAUAAUGGAUGAAGGUGUUACAGCAUCUAGACGUAAUUUCGACAAAAGCAUAGACAUUGCAUACUCGUUGACCCCGACAACAUAUUACCGCUCUCUGAUUGGCUCACAAGGAAUUGACCUGCGAGUGGGUCAAUUUGUAUCAGAGCCUGCGCUUGGAGACUCACAAUCCCACACUGUCACGUGUUCCAGUGCAAAGAUGCUCUAUGAGAAUAAGAUCGAUUUUUUUAGAACUAUUGUAAAGGCAAAAAUAUAUGACAAUGGCGUAAUUUCAUCAAUGAUUAUACGAGAGAAAGGUGAAUCAAAUAUCUAUAGAUCCACCAGCCAGGAGGUUCUACUUUGCCAGAAUUCUAACCUGAGAUUUCUAAGAAUAAUGAAUAAAAUAGAAGUUUUGGUGGCUGUGCGUGAUAUAGAAACCUGUGAUGGCAUUCACAUUGUGCCAAGAGUUCUAGAUGACGGUCAAUCUAUGUCAGUGUCGAUCACCGAACUCAAAUACUUAAAUGAGACUACUUUCAAACCAAUCAAAUAUGGAGGCACACUAGAAUUUGUAAAACCAGAUCUUAUACAGACAACUGUGGAUGACAGGAAGCAAGCUUUGAUCCUAACAGUGGAGGAGGCAGUGAGAUGGAAUGGACAGGGUGUGGCCCUUGAUCCCUAUGAGAUAUUCAGGGCGUAUCCUUCAGAAUCUGAGAAGCCCGACAGUUUACUCUACACACAAGCGGGUGAUGAAUAUAGAAUCGUCUUCCAUUUUAAGCCUCUUGAACUUGAUGGUAAACCAUUUGAUGGUCUUACCAUUGCAACAUGCAUCAUAACAGUACCAGGGACCGAGGAAUUUCUGACAUCCUUCUCUGUUGAAACAGUGGAUAAAAACUCAGAAUCGAAAAAAAUUCCAGUUGAUAAUACAAGAUUCUCAUCGUAUUUCACAUUACUGGUGCAUGAGGAAUGGCUGUGUAUUGGCAAGGACUCUUCUGCGCAGUUCAGGAGGAUUGUGAAUAAAUAUGAAAUGAAACCUAAGACUCCAUUUCCAAUUAGCAAAAUAAAAGGAUUCGACACAUGGCUGGGAGAUUAUUAUGUGGAAAAAAGAAACAGAACAAUGAUUCCAAUUUUCACGGAAGUCAAAUAUAUGAUGAUAGACAGUCGGCCAACACAAUUUCUUAAAUAUAGAGAGUAUUUGCUGUACCCGGAACAAAUGAAAGAGAAAAAGGGAGUGGACGUGGCCAGGAGCGGUAGUGUUGUCAUUACAAAGAAUCAGUAUGCAGAUAUUUUGGAAGGGGACAAGAAAGAAGAAAGGAUCGAAGGAUUGAGCAUCAAAUACAGAAAAUCAUACCAGACUCAGUUGAGUACAAACGGAGUGAUACUAGAGAUUGGCGCACCAUUGACAAACACUUUUCACUCUAGCAAAGGAUAUUACCCUAUAAAGUGUUAUCGUCAUGGGAUUUUGCCAAAAGAUUACAAGAUACCGAUAAUGGUGGACGGAGAGAACGAUUCAGAAGGAUCAUACUUGAAAAUGUUGGCUCAAGAAGUCUGGACUUGUAGAAGGGAAGAAAAUCAAUUUACGUUCUUUAGAGUUGUGAGCUAUGCGAAAAUACUAACAGAAAGAAUGACUACCAUAAAAGAAUUGGUCUAUCAUGAUGGAGUGACCAUUUCUUGGAUGCAUAAUAAAGAUAAAAUUGAAGCGUCAUAUUUAUCAGUUAUGGAAAUUCGCUACUUUGAUCCCAAUCUACAAUCAAUGGUGCGGUUAUCCAAAUAUGAAAAACUUGUGCUAAAGAGUGAUCAGGAUAAAGAAUGGGAGGGGGUACGAAAAACACAAACGAAACUUGUCAAGAGAACUAAUAUGGAACGAAUUCUGUGGAUGACGGACAUUCAGGAUAGGGGCGAAUAUAUACUAUCCAUUCCAAUAACGUUUCAACGCCGAUUAGUUAAUUUACCAGUGUAAGAGGAACAAUAUGCAGAUAUCAAUAUCUAAAAAAAUAACUCUAUUUGAAGAGAUACAGCUCUACAAAUAUAAAUCAGACUUCUUUUUCGAAAUAUUUGAAGGGUUUUUGAGUUUACGGAAGUUGUUGGAUAUCAAAAUUUCUAUACAGGAGUGUAAGAGAGGAGGAGAGACAAUCUAUAGAGUUGAGACUUUAAUUGAGACAUCUUCCAGACGAUCUGGAAAUCAAAUCAGAGUAAUAAGAAUUUAUCAUCAUGAAGGAGUCACAGCUGAUAAAUUUGGAAAAAGAAUGCAAAUUCGAGAAAUAAAAUUCGUGGACACAUUGGAAGAUAACAAAGAAACCAAAGUGUUGCAGUUUGAUGGCUUGAUAUGGGUUGAAGAUGCUGAUCCUAACGAAAGUAAAUUGGAAUUGAGCGAUUUUAGGAAAGAUACAGAUGACUACCGUUUGGAAUCAUGGCCUUUGAUGAAAUGCACCACUAUUGCUCCGCCAACAACGAAAAGGGGCUUUCUCUUAAAAUUUGGGACAGCGUGGGAGGAUGAAGUUAAAGUAACUGAAGAUAGAGUGAUCUGCAAACAACUUGUCCCACAAAAAAAAAAUGAACAUUAUGAUAUUCAAGUGUAUGGUCUCACAUACCUUUUCUCAGGGUAUACAGACUGGAAAAAAUUGGAUUUUUGGAGCAAUAAUUUAUUCCAAGGACAAGCACAAGAUGUUUGGGUCUGCAUGAGAAAUGAUGAGGUAAUAUUCUAUAGAGUGAUAAACUAUAUGGUAUUGCCAGAUGAGAUUGCAAGCAUAUACCAUACUGAAGGCAUACAUAUUGGUUAUCUCAAUCUCCCAGAUAGUAGUAAGAAUGUGGAGGUGCGUGAAACAAAGUUCCUUCAUCCAGAUCGGUUCCAUGCUUUGAAAUAUGUGGGUGAGCUGCAGUUUGUUCAAGAACAGUCAUUUUUAGUUCAAAGAUUGUUUCCUCUGGACUACACAGCAGCAUUUCCUAAGCCACAGUUUGGAUACAGAGAGUUGGCUGAAGGGGGCCAGUACCGGACGCUAGGAGCUCUGGCUGCACUGGCUGUCAGGAAGCGUGUGUACGAGAGACAAAGCUUGGCCCAGAUCAAUGACGAAGGGAUAACAGACAGAGUAGGCUUCAAUGGGGUCUGGUCGGUGACUUCAGCUUAUAAUGAAAAUGGCGGCGGUUCGCGAAUACUCCACAUGGGCACUCAGUGGCAGCAGGACCUUGACAAUGAUGCGUCCACCAAAGGGAAACAUCUCAAGUGUAUGAAGCAUAAGUGGAACCAGAUGUAUCACACAUACCAUCCAAGAGUCCGUGAGUUUACCCGUGACAAUAUCUAUGAAUUUGAUCAAGAAAUGUUUGAAACUGUUUUCGAAAUCGUGCAACAGGACAUUUGGAUAUGUUUGUGGGAGGAAGAUGUGGAUAGGGAUAUAUUUCUGCUGAUUGCAACUAAAUUCAAAACUUUGAAAGAAAAGUAUGCGCAAUUCGCGGUUGCCUUCAUGCAUGAUGGUAUCGCCUAUGACAAAUACAAGUAUGCUUUCCAUGAGACGGUUUUCAUCAACACCAGGAAUAAUGAAUAUUCUAAAUAUAAUGGCGAAAUUGGCCUCAUUACUAACCCUGAGAGAAUUCAACCAGGGAAGGAUGCCAAUUUUAUAGAGAGGACCAUUCAUGCUACGCCGAUCGUGACAAAACUCGGGUUCAAAAAAAUUACAAAGAUUUUCAAUUAAUAGAAGGUUGUAUAACAACUUCCCCGGAAAUAUCUAAGAGCUACGCUAUUCACUCACCAACAAUCUAACCUACCCUUCUAUGAAACAAUUUUAAACAUUUCCUUUUAUAGUAAGGUCCACGGAAAUGGCAGUGUUUAAUUAGCAACGGUAUUGCUAUCCUUGUCUAUCAUUCAACAAAGCGGAUAGCGCUAAUUCCACUGAAAAAAAGGUGUAGAGAAUCUAUCAAGCUCCAUUUUUGAAUAGUUAAAUUAUGAGUAUAAUUUCUUGCUUGAAAAAAUAUAAUUGAUUAUUUUAAAUGAGAAUGAACAGUUAUUACAUUAAUAAACCUGAAUCAGCUACCAUCAAGAAGGCAUUGUCAAGACAGUGAGGAUCGGCAACGUUGUUCUCGUAUCUUUCUCCACUGCCGUUAUAUCGUGGACCUCACUAUAUUCAGCGUUAACCAAUGUGCUCCAUGGAGGUUAACUAGCUAAUUACCAUUUAAAUUGAAGUCAUAUAAGAUUUAUCACUACACAAUAGAUUUCAUGGAGUAGAAACCUCUUGCAGUUAUAGUGAGAUUAUAUUUUGCUUUGAACUUUUUGCAAUGUUAUAAAUAACACACUCUUCUUUUCAAGUGUCAAUUGGAACUCUUCAACAACUUAUCACUUCAAUGCAAUAGUGGUUGUUUGUUUAUCUUGCCCUGCUUGAGCUGGUAUAGUUUUAUUAAUAAUUGCGCAGGGUCGAUAUGACUCAAGGUUACCUUAAAUAUAUGUACGUGUAUUCUAUAGUGAGGUCCACUACGUUAUUAUGACAGUGGAGAAAGAUACGAGAACAACGUUGCCGAUCCUUAGUCUUGUCAAUGCCUUCUAUAGACGGUAGAUGAUACAUGUUUAUUAAUGUAACUGUUCAUUCUCGUUUAAAAUAAUCAAUUAUAUUCUUUCAAGCAAGAAAUUAUAUUUUUCAAUAAUUCAAUAAUGAGUUUUCAUAAUUGAGAUUAUAUAUUUUGUUAAUUAAUACAUUGUUGAAAGAUGAUCUGGAGACAAAGCAAAUCGAGAAAGAGAUAGCGAUAUCCGCUUUGUUGAAUGAUAGCAAUACUGUUGCUAAUCAAACACAUUGCCAUUAUAACGUGGACCACACUAAUAGGAAAUUUGAUAUUACCCUAUUCGACUGUGAGUGUAUCUCAGCAUUCCUCAAAUCAUUUUCUAGGAUGUAUCUAUCCAACUUCAAAGAAGGUGAAUCUUAUUAUUUCACUGUUCCUGAAGGUCACUGUUAUUAUUGUGAUACAAUACUUGAUACUUACUCGAUACUUACUUGAUACUUCACCAGCAGCCAGGGCAGGAAUUGUCUUCUCCUCUUCAACUUCUUGUGUAGUUGAGAAGUUGAUAUUGUGAUAUGUGAUUAAUCAUAUUAAAUAAAAAAACUGAGAAUUUGUCAAAAACCUUGGAAAUCUGUGGUUGACAAUUUCUUAGUCUUUUUAUUCAAUUUUCAUCUUCCCUUUUAUAGGGGUUGUUUAUCCCUUAUGGUCAGUAGGUGUACUCGUCUACCUUACUUCAAUCUAAAAUGAAAGUAUCACAAUAAUAUCUUAAAUGUCUAAAUCUUAUGCUGACAAUUUAAAGCUAAUCACACUUAUAGGUGUAGAGGAGAAUUGUUUUUCUUUUCUUAGAGUAGAAUAGGAUACAGAAUAUAACUGAAUAGAGCCUUAUUCCUUCCAUAGUGAGGUCCACGUUAUAAUGGCAGUAUUUGAUUAGCAAUGGUAUUGCUAUCCUUGUCUAUCAUUCAACAAAGCGGAAAGCAUUAUCUCUUUCUCGCAUUGCUCUGUUGUCAGAUCGUUUAAACAAUCUAGAAAUAUAAUUAAUUUACAAAAUAUUUAAUCUUGAUUUUGAAAAUUUAUUGAUAGAUCAUUGAAUUUCUCGCUUCAUAAAAUUUGAUUGAUUAUUCCAAACAAGAAUGAUACUAAUUAGAAAAAUAUACUAAUCAGCUGUUCUUAGUGAGAAUUUGUGUGUAUUUUUGGCUUCAAAAUUCAUGAAAUAACUUAAUUAAUACAAUGUGCAGUGAUAAUUAUGUUUAAUAUUUAACUAUAAUUUGGUUUAUAAUUUUAACUAUAAAUUUUUCUAAAUUUAAAAUUUGCAUCUCAUAUUUAUUUUUGGACGAAAGUUGAGCUUGAACUUCUUACAGAAGAAACAUAACCUAUUUUUUGGACAUGUAAUCAAAAUUUGGGAAUGGAAUAGUUUUGGGCCAAGCCUGUUGUUCCUUCCCAAUCAUAUUUAUAUGAUUUGUUAUUGUAUCCACGUAUAAAUAAAUAAAGAAUGAACCGUUAAUAUUACAUCAAUAACCUGUAUCAGCUAUCAUCUACAGGAGGCAUUGACAAGCCAGAGGAUCGGCAACGUUUUUCUCCUACCUUUCUCCACUGCCAUUAUAAGGUAGACCUCUCUAUAGAAGCUUUAAUUCUAAUUUGAAUAAAGAUCUAUUAAAUACUGUAGUGAUAUUAUCAAAUAUUAUUUUCAAUUUUAUUUAUAUUGGAAAAUAGUGAAUGUAUCUAGAAUUAUUCACAUAAUAUUUAAUUCGUAUUGAGAGUUAUGAAUAUUAUUAUUAUUUUAUUAUCAUAAGGAUGUUAUUAUUAUUGAUAUGAAUAUUAAAUAGUAUUGAAUAGAUAAUAAA